AUGACAUUGACAAUGACAAUCAUUCAACAAAUAAAUUGAUUGUGAUGUUAAAAGUAUGAAAAGGAAGAGAAAUUUCUAAAAAAAUAACAAAACAAUAUAAUAUUAUUAAAAAAUGAAGUUAAAUAAUGCCGAUGCUGCCGCCCGUUUGAAUCCAUGUUUGAAGGAGCAAAACCAAUCUUAUGAGUGUUUAAAUAAGAAUGGAUACAACCAGGAAAAAUGUGAAGCUUAUUUUGACAACUAUAACACCUGUAAAAAGUUUUGGAAUCAAGUAUCUAAGGACAGAAGAGCAAAAGGAAUAAAACCUCAUUUACCUGAUGUGGAAGAAAGGGAAAAAGUAAAACAGGAAUAUAUAAAAUCUUGGGGGAAUUAAUAUGAUUACCAUUUAUAAAUAUAUAUGAACAAAUAUCACAUUUUACUUUAUGAGAAUAA